GAGGUGACUAAACAAAGAAUAAAGAAGAUGUUCAAUAAGGUUGAUCUCUCUGUUUCCUCGUACGAUACUGCUUGGGUGGCAAUGGUCCCUUCUCCAAAUUCUCAGGACCCUUUUUUCCCUGAAUGUGUCAACUGGCUAUUGUGUAAUCAACUCCAUGACGGGUCAUGGGGUCAUCCAAAUUUCCAUCCUUUGUUAAAGAAAGAUGCUCUUUUAUCUACGUUAGCAUGUAUCCUUGCACUAAAGCAAUGGAGUGUUGGUGAAGAGCUAAUUAACAACGGACUACGUUUUAUUGAGUCAAAUAUAUCUUCAGCUACCGAUGAAGUGCAACAAUCUCCUCUUGGAUUUGAUAUAAUAUUUCCUUCUUUGAUACAAUCCGCAAUGAAUUUGGAUAUCAAUCUUCCCCUUGGAGAAUCAACCCUGGCCAGUAUUUUCCACAUGAGAGACUUUGAGCUUCAAAGAGGAAAUGGAAGCAACUCAGAGGGUUGGAGAGCCUUCUUAGCUUAUAUUUCGGAAGGAAAUGCAGAGUUGCAGGAUUGGCAGACGGUUAUGAAGUACCAAAGGAAGAAUGGGUCCUUGUUUAAUUCACCAUCAACCACAGCCGCUGCUUUUACUCACACUAAGAAUGCUGAUUGUCUUCAGUACCUCCGCAGACUCUUAGACAAGUUUGGGAAUGCAGUUCCAACGAUAUAUCCUCUAGAUAAAUAUGCUCGUCUUUCUAUGGUUUCCAGCCUUGAAAGUUUGGGUAUUGAUCGACAUUUCAGGGAGGAAAUUAGAAGCGUAAUCGAUGAAACAUACAGAUUAUGGCUGCAGGGGGAUGAAGAAAUAUUUUCAGAUGCUGCCACCUGUGCAAUGGCGUUUCGACUCUUACGUGUUAAUGGAUAUGAAAUUUCUGCAGAUCCAUUAGUAAAAUUUUCCGAAGAUUGUUUCUUCAAUUCCUACGGAGGAUACUUGAAGGACGUUAGUGCUGCCUUAGAAUUGUUUAGGGCUUCCGAAAUCAUCAUACAUCCAGAUGAGUCAAUUCUUGAGAAACAAAACUACUGGACAAGUCAUUUUCUGAAAGAGGAGCUAUCCAAUAUGUUAAUUCAGCCUCAUAGACCGAAUAAGCACAUUGCCCUAGAGGUGGAUCAUGCUCUUAAAUCCCCUUACCAUGCAAAUUUGGGUCGGUUAUCAACCAAGAGAGCUAUAAAAAAUUACAACACAGAUGGUACAAGGAUUCUGAAAUCUUCGUAUAGCUCUUUGAAUAUUGGACAUGAAGAUUUCCUCGAACUGGCAGUGGAAGACUAUAACAUUUGCCAAUCUAUACAUCGUAAAGAGUUCAACCAUCUUGAAAGGUGGGUUGUUGAGCACAGAUUAGACAAGCUAAAGUUUGCUCGGCAGAAGCAAGCGUACUGCUACCUCUCUGCUGCUGCAGACCUUUUCCCUCCGGAACUAUCAGAUGCUCGCAUGUCAUGGGCCAAAAAUGCAUUUCUCACAACUGUGGUUGAUGAUUUCUUUGACAUUGAUGGUUCGGAAGAGGAACUAAUAAACCUUAUACAAUUGGUCGAGAAGUGGGACGUAGAUGCAAGUGUUGAUUGUUGUUCUAAGCACGUUGAAAUCAUAUUUUCAGCACUUAGGUACACAAUUAGUGAGAUUGGAGUAAAAGCGUUCAACUUGCAAGGACGUAAUGUGACAACCCACAUAAUUAAGAUUUGGUUGGAUUGCCUGAACUCUAUGUUAAAAGAAGCUGAGUGGUCGAGAAACAAGUCCGUGCCAACAAUGGAUGAAUAUAUGGCAAAUGCAGGAACAUCAUUUGCCUUGGGACCAAUUGUCCUCCCAGCUCUCUAUUUUGUUGGGCCUAAACUUUCAGAGGAGGUUGUAGGAAAUUCUGAACUCCAGUAUCUGUUCACGCUUAUGAGCACUUGUGGGCGUCUUCUCAAUGAUGUCCAAAGCUUUAAGAGAGAAUUAGCGGAAGGGAAGUUAAAUGCUGUAUCGUUGGCCACGAUUCAUGGUGGUGGUACUGUAUCUGAGGAAGAUGCGAUCAAUGAUAUUAAGAACGUUAUAACAAGUGAGACGAGAGAACUGCUAAGAGUUGUUUUGCUGGAGAAGGGUAGCGCAGUUCCAAGAGCUUGCAAGGAUUUGUUUUGGAACUUGAACAAAGUGAUGCACCUUUUUUAUUGGAAGGAUGAUGGGUAUGUUGGGAACGAGAUGAUGAAAGCCGUAAAUGAAGUCAUUGGAGAACUUAUUGUUCUUCAAUGA